UGCGGCUGGAUUCGAUCCUGAGCGGCCACAGCGCAGGCGGGGGCGGAGGCUCGGCCUCGGCGGCGGGCAGCGGAUCUGGGGAGGAGGGAAGACCGGAAGCCACGGUCGCGUCCCAUCCAUAAGAUUCGCUCCCCCGGGCUUGGAGCGGAGGCGGAGGAGCGGGGAGAGGCUGAAUGUUGGCUCCUUAGUACCAGGGAGCGGCCGCUCGGGAGCCUCCUCCCCGGACGCUCUCCGUACGCACCCGGCUCCUGAGCGCGCCGCACCGGAGGACCGCCCGGCCGCGCAGACCUCGCUGAGGACGCGCUGCCCGCGGUGGGGACAGCCCGGCGGUCCGAGGCCCGCACCACGCAACCACCCCCCACUCGCCUGCCCGUCUGUCCCUCCGGCCGCCGCCAUGUCCUCCUCUUCAUCCUCCCCCAGGGAGACGUACGAGGAGGAUCGGGAGUACGAGAGCCAGGCCAAGCGCCUCAAGACCGAGGAGGGGGAGAUCGACUACUCAGCCGAGGAAGGAGAGAACCGCCGGGAAGCGACGCCCCGGGGCGGGGGCGAUGGCGGCGGCGGCGGCGGCCGGAGCUUCUCUCAGCCGGAGACAGGUGGAAGUCAUCAUAAAGUUUCUGUUUCACCCGUUGUCCAUGUUCGAGGACUCUGUGAAUCUGUGGUAGAAGCAGACCUUGUGGAGGCACUGGAAAAAUUUGGGACAAUAUGCUAUGUGAUGAUGAUGCCAUUCAAACGGCAGGCGCUAGUGGAAUUUGAGAACAUCGACAGUGCCAAAGAGUGUGUGACAUUUGCUGCGGAUGAACCUGUGUACAUUGCUGGUCAACAGGCUUUUUUCAACUAUUCUACAAGCAAGAGGAUCACUCGGCCAGGAAAUACUGAUGAUCCAUCAGGAGGCAACAAAGUUCUUCUGUUAUCAAUUCAGAAUCCCCUUUAUCCAAUUACAGUGGAUGUUUUGUAUACUGUGUGCAACCCUGUUGGAAAGGUGCAGCGUAUUGUUAUAUUCAAGAGAAAUGGGAUACAAGCAAUGGUUGAGUUUGAAUCAGUCCUUUGUGCCCAGAAAGCUAAAGCAGCACUCAAUGGAGCAGACAUAUAUGCUGGGUGUUGCACACUAAAAAUCGAAUAUGCACGGCCAACUCGUCUAAAUGUUAUUAGGAAUGACAAUGACAGUUGGGACUACACUAAACCAUAUUUGGGAAGACGAGAUAGAGGAAAGGGUCGCCAGAGACAAGCCAUUUUGGGAGAACACCCUUCUUCGUUUAGACAUGAUGGCUAUGGAUCUCAUGGUCCAUUGUUGCCUUUACCAAGCCGUUACAGAAUGGGCUCUCGAGAUACGCCUGAGCUUGUUGCAUACCCAUUACCACAGGCCUCUUCCUCUUACAUGCAUGGAGGAAGUCCCUCUGGCUCAGUUGUAAUGGUUAGUGGGUUGCAUCCACUGAAAAUGAAUUGUUCAAGAGUCUUCAACUUAUUUUGCUUAUAUGGAAAUAUUGAAAAGGUGAAAUUCAUGAAGACCAUCCCUGGUACAGCCCUGGUCGAAAUGGGCGAUGAGUAUGCUGUAGAAAGGGCGGUCACACACCUGAACAAUGUCAAAUUAUUUGGGAAAAGACUUAAUGUUUGUGUGUCUAAACAACAUUCAGUUGUUCCCAGUCAAAUCUUUGAGCUGGAGGAUGGUACAAGUAGCUACAAGGAUUUUGCAAUGAGCAAGAACAAUCGCUUUACCAGUGCCGGCCAGGCAUCUAAGAACAUAAUCCAGCCGCCCUCAUGUGUGCUGCAUUAUUACAAUGUUCCGCUGUGUGUCACAGAAGAGACCUUCACAAAGUUGUGUAAUGACCAUGAAGUUCUUACAUUCAUCAAAUAUAAAGUGUUCGAUGCAAAACCAUCUGCCAAAACGCUCUCUGGGCUCUUAGAAUGGGAGUGCAAAACCGAUGCUGUAGAAGCCCUUACCGCUCUUAAUCACUACCAGAUAAGAGUUCCAAAUGGUUCCAAUCCCUACACGUUGAAGCUUUGCUUUUCUACAUCAUCCCAUUUAUAAGAAGAGAAGAGCAUGUUAGAAUUUAUGUUCACCUUUAUUACAAUUUUAAAGCUAUACUUCAUUUAAAAAAUCUAAAAUGGUUGAUCUAAUGUUGCCUUGCUACUUUGACUUAAGAUCCUGUUCUGUAAUAAACAAAUAUUUUGCCUUGAGUAAACUUGUUGUAAACUUA